AUGACCGGGAUAAGAGAUGAAGCGUUUGAAGACAAAGGACCGGCUGUGAACUACUUAGAUGCCAACUAUUUUCAUGCUCCUGCCUCUCAAAAUCGUGCGUAUGACCGCGUUUCUUCUCCUGCUGAUAACAUAAGGAGAGAUGCUUCUGAGGAUCAAGGAUUGCGUAAGAACCAUCUGGGUCUGGAAGAAUUUUCUGGUUAUAUAUUUAUGUGUAAUGGAAGAACAAAACCAGAAUGCUACCUGCACCGUGUUUUUGGACUUCCCGCUGGAAGAAAGGAAGUUAUAGAGAAGAUUAGGCCAGGCAUGAAGCUGUUUCUAUUUGAUUAUAAUGUGAAGUUUCUUUAUGGGGUAUAUGAAGCAACCACUGCUGGAAAGUUGAACUUGGAAAGAACGGCUUUUGGUGGAAACUUUCCUGCACAGGUGAGAUUCAAAAUUUACAGGGAAUGCCUCCCCUUGCCAGAGAGUGAUUUUAAACAUGCUAUACAAGAUAACUACAAGAGAGGCUCCAAUAAGUUUAAUACAAUUCUCAAUAGCCAACAAGUGAGCCAUUUGUUAUCACUGUUUCAUCCUAUUACCAUGCAAUCAUCCACCCAAAAUGACAGUUCCUAUAUGAAGGAUCAAUUUCGGACCAGUGCAAGGCUGCCUUCUUCAGGCAGUACAUACUUUAGUUCAAUGCAUUCCAGUUACACUCCACAAGUGUUAGUGCCUCAACAUGUUCCACAGGGAGUCCAUCAGCAGUGGGAUAGUAGUGGAUCCACAGGAAACAUGGGAAUUGUCCAUUAUUCUGUGGGUUCACAACCAAUAGUGCCGGCUCAGCCUACGAAGGAUCAGUUUCAGUCCUCAGCAAGCCCAAAUGCAGCCUGUGCUUCACCAAUGUUCGACCCUCAGUAUAUUCAACCAAGCGUCUCACACCCACAAUAUGUUAGUUAUGGAUACACAACGAACAUGGGCUACUUUUAUCCUGCUGUGCAACCACAAGCUAUGCCAGCUUCAAGUCAGACAUAUUAUUCUGCUGAAUUUGGGCAGCAUCACUUGGCUGAAGUAACUGCCCAGCCAGCACCCAAAUCAUAUGAAAGCUAUUACAGGUAUGAGGCUGCACAGGAUAUGGUUCCUGCUUAUCAGCACACGGGCUUCGGGCAUGGUUACAAUCAGUCACCUCUGCAGACGGAUAGGGAAACUAUUUUACAGCAGGAGAAUGCUGCUGAACACCACAAUCUCCACCAAGUGCCUACAGCCCCACAUGCUCCACCAUCUAUACAACAACAUACGUUCACAUCAGAACAGCCUGGGCUUGCAGCAGGGACAGUUCCGAUGCCGUCGUCGAAUUCCUGGACAGGGGCCAUGGCGGUGGGUGGCCCCGCCGCUGCUCACGGAAAUCCAUACGACGGUCCAAACGACGCCGUCGAUUUGUUCCUUAGGAAUCGCGGCUACAACGGCCUCUUCUCUCAGAUCGAGUUAUCGUUUGCUGCAAUAGACUUGCGCGAUCGGGACGUGCUCUCCAAGAGUGAUCCCAUGCUGGUUAUUUAUACAAAAGGAAGAGAUGGAGGACUUUCAGAGCUUGGUCGCACUGAAGUAGUUCUAAAUUCAUUAAAUCCAAAGUGGAUCACAAAACAUAAUAUCACUUAUCAUUUUGAGGUUGUGCAGACUUUGGUGUUUCGUGUGUAUGACGUUGACACUCAGUUUCACAAUGUAGACGUGAAGAUGCUUAGGUUGGAAGAGCAACAAUUUCUUGGUGAGGCAAGCUGUGCACUGUCUCAGAUAGUUCCUAAAUCAGACAGGUUAUUAACCCUCAAUCUUGUAUAUAGAGAAGACUCAGAGUCAAGCAGAUCCAAUCGUCAUCGAGACCGUGGAAAGCUCAUUGUGCAUGCUGAGGAAUCUGUUAGCUCAAAGACAAUGGUAGAGAUGAGUUUAAGGUGUUCAGAUUUGGAAUACAAGGAUCUCUUCUCAAAAAGUGACCCUUUUUUGAUAAUAUCAAAACUUACGGAGAGUGGGACCACAAUUCCAGUUUGCAAAACAGAAGUCAUAAAGAAUGAGCUCAAACCCGCAUGGAAACCAAUAUAUUUAAAUAUUCAACAAGUUGGAAGCAAGGAUAGCCCAUUGAUAAUCGAGUGUUUUAAUUUCAAUAACAAUGGCAAGCAUGAUUUGAUUGGCAAAAUUCAGAAAUCACUGGCAGAGUUGGAAAAGCUUCAUGCUAUUGGGCAAGGAGAGAAUUUAUUUUUACCAACCACUGUUGGGCAUGAUUACCACAACAAGAUACUAAAGAGCCAACUAUUUGUGGACAAGUUUACGGAGAGCGUCCAGCACACCUUUCUUGAUUAUUUGGCUGGGGGCUGUGAAUUGAACUUCAUGGUCGCUGUUGAUUUUACAGCUUCAAAUGGAAAUCCUCGCCUGCCUGAUUCUUUGCAUUAUAUAGAUCCAUCAGGACGGCCAAAUGCAUACCAGAAAGCAAUCAUCGAUGUUGUGGAGGUGUUGCAGUUUUAUGAUUCAGACAAACGCUUUCCUGCCUGGGGAUUUGGAGCCCGACCAAUUGAUGGUCCAGUUAAUCAUUGUUUCAACUUGAAUGGGAGUAGUCAUUACUGUGAGGUUGAAGGAAUCCAAGGAAUCAUGAUGGCAUAUACAAGUGCCCUCCAAAAUGUUUCUCUUGCAGGACCAACUCUUUUUGGACCUGUAAUUACCAAUGCUGCAUUAAAUGCCAGCCAGUCUGUUGCAAAUGGUGGACGAAAAUACUUUGUUUUGUUAAUAAUCACGGAUGGAGUAGUGACAGAUCUCCAAGAAACCAAAGAUGCCCUCGUGAAAGCAUCUGACCUGCCACUGUCAAUCCUCAUUGUUGGAGUAGGAGGAGCUGACUUCAAAGAAAUGGAGAUUUUGGAUGCUGACAAGGGUGAGAGACUUGAAAGUUCGACUGGACGUGUUGCUUCACGUGAUAUAGUUCAGUUUGUUCCAUUCCGAGAUGUACAAAGUGGAGAAAUUUCUGUUGUUCAGUCACUUCUAGCAGAACUACCUUCUCAAUUUCUGACUUACAUGCGAUCCAGAGACGUCAAACCAAUUUUGUGAUCAUGUAAAGAACUGUACAUAUGAAGAUUUGAUCCUCACGCAGUAUGAGCCUGAAUAUUUUUUGCUGUUUUUUUCCCCAUUUUGGCUGCAUUGAAAUUCAAAUGUGGUUUUAUCAUGAAGAAAAACAAUUCUAUGUUGCAUCGUCACAUUCGAGUUGGGCUGGCUGCAGCUGCACAGUCCUCGUGGCCUUGGUGAGACAGCCCAAUUAAAGUGUCCACGGCUCUUCUUUACCAGGCUAGGGUUCUACAAUUAGAGGCCCUAAACACGACGAAACCAGGGUUAUGGCUAUAGGCGACUGGGUUCUCUUUCAAAAUCAACAAUUGGAGAAAGACGUGAAGAACAGUUUCAGAAUAGAAAUACAAGUGUUUUCAUCUUUUCGAAAUGGAAUCUCUAUGAAGUGUUCAAAAUGCUGCAUAAUCUGGAUUUUUUUUCCUUUCCG